AUGCAUGUGCCACUUUUUCCGCAACCACUGGCUGUUGGGAGCGUCGCGACGCCCGUCAGUGACGUGCUGGACAUCGCGACGUUACCACGCACUCCGGCAUCCGACGUGGCCGUGCCGCGCAGACAUGCCGUGGACCCGCGACUUUCUCUUAUCUUCGGCACCGGAAAACAGAACCGUCACCUCUGCAGAAAUUUGGUUUAUCCGCGAGUCAGGGAUGCACCUACGCUUUUCAAGAAUGCUGCUGCACGUCAUAGUAUUACUGAGUUUUGCGUGAGGAUGAUGGAACAUCAUGCAAACGAUGAGAAGGAUGACGAUGAUGAUGUCGUCUGCGGCGUUGAUAUUACAGAUACACCAACCACGAUAUCUACGGAUAUCUCGCCUCGCUUGAAAAACGGUAUGAUACCAACGAAUUGGACAAAAUCCGUGGCUAUUCAAACCAUAGAAGGAUUACCGCUACGAUUGAGAGUAUUGCCAUCUCUCAGAAACAUUGAAGAGGAUAAUGGAAAUUCCUCUUCCGAUUCAUCGAGAGUCUGGACGUAUUUAAAAUUUUUGGGACGAUUAUCGUUCUCGCAAUUUGGUCUUUUAUGGUUGCUCGUUAUGUGGACGGUAGCAGGCGCGGCGGCAUUUUGUGCCGCGGAAGAACCUCGCGAACGCGAACAGGUCGUGUCGCUGAAGAACAUGCAGAAAGAUCUGGCGAUCGGUCUGGCGACGGAGUUGCGACAAUUGCGUACAGAACGGGAUGAAGAUGUGGAGCCGUUAUGGAGCGACAAAGUUCGUCAGUAUGUGGCCAAACACGAGGAACUUCUUCUAGUUGCUGUUAGUUCCGGCUACGGCGAGGGUGGCAAUAGCGGACAGUUGUGGACAUUUCCUGGUUGUGUGCUAUUCGCUAUAUCGCUAAUCACUACUUUAGGUUUCGGAGCGCCUGUUCCGCGAACUACUACAGGUCGCACAGUAGGAGUAAUUUUUGCCAUUAUCGGCAUUCCCGCGCAUUUUCUUCUCAUAUUAAAUUUCGGCGUGAUGAUAGCAGUUCGUCUGCAAAGAUACGCGAAUGCCAAACGAGACUUGCGACACAAGAACGUGGAAUCUUAUUCCACGAUGCCGAUGCCAAGAUGGGUCAAAGUUCUACCAUUUGCCUGUUCAAUUGCUUACUAUAUUUUGGGAAUACUGUGCUUUGGUAUAGCGCGAUCGAGGCCGAUUGCGGCGAGUGUAUUGUUUCCGUUGGACUUCACUGCGGCGGGCGGUCUUUCCACUAUUGUCGGUCACGUACGGAUAUUAUAUGGUCUGUAUUUAGAAGGUGCUGUCAUUAUUGCGGCGAUAGUGGUAGCUGUGUUACGAGUAUCAGCGACGCAGAGUCUCACAAAUAUCGGACUGAAAUACGGUUUGUUGAUCGAAGCUUAAAUUUUCAUAGAAUUUAUUUAUUAAAUAAUCCAUAUUGUCUUUGCCAUACGUUCUAAUGCGUUCGAUAAUGAACUGUUAAGAUAUCUGUAAUUAAAUUAUGCGAAAAAAAUAUAGAACAAUGAAUCUUUUUCUAUUUCGCAAAUUGAAA